AUGAUAUUUUUGGAAGUUAUUGAGAGGUUCAUGGAGGCUUUGACUUUUGAAGACUGUGUUAAUGAAAGUAGUAUUGGCAUUUUUGAAGGACAUACUCUUUCACAGAAUAUUAGGAAACUCUUCCAGGUGGAGCUCCAUGGACUCCAGGUGGUCACUGAUGUAGAGCGCAACAGCCCCGCCCCUUCUCCUCUGCCUGUCUUUGCCAAAGAGUUUAUACCCAUCUACUCCUACAUUCCAGUCAUGAGAGUCAUCCCACCGUUCUUGUACAAAUGGCUAGAAGCAGAUCUCCAUGGCAAGAGCUCAGAUACUGCAAACAAAGCCUCAGGAGAGAAUUUCGAUCAGAGUCCUUUAAGAAGAACCUUCAAGUCCAAGGUCUUGGCGCAUUAUCCUCAGAACAUUGAGUGGAACCCCUUUGACCAGGAUGCUGUCAACAUGCUAUGUAUGCCCAAGGGGCUGUCUUUCAGGACACAGGCUGACAACAGAGAUCCACAGCUCCACUCAUUCAUAAUCACCAGAGAAGAUGGCUCUCGUACCUACGGGUUUGUGCUCACCUUCUAUGAGGAGGUCACGAGCAAGCAGAUCUGCACGGCCAUGCAGACUCUGUACCAGAUGCACAAUGCUGAGCAGUACAGCAGCGUCUGCGCCUCGUCCUCAUGCAGCAUGGACUCCCUGGCCAGCAGCAUCGACGAGGGCGAUGCCACCUCCCUCGCCAAACUCCAGCGGUACAACUCCUACGACAUCAGCAGGGACACGCUGUACGUCUCCAAGUGCAUAUGUCUCAUCACCCCUCUGCCCUUCAUGCAAGCCUGCAAGAAGUUCCUGGUCCAGCUCUACAAGGCGGUUACCUCCCAGCAGCCGCCACCGCUGCCCCUGGAGAGCUACAUCCACAACAUACUCUAUGAGGUGCCCUUGCCGCCCCCGGGCCGGUCACUCAAGUUUUAUGGGGUUUAUGAGCCCAUCAUCUGCCAGCGACCUGGACCCAAUGAGCUGCCACUCUCUGACUACCCGCUGCGGGAAGUCUUCGAGCUGCUGGGGCUGGAGAACCUGGUCCAGGUUUUUACCUGCGUUCUGCUGGAAAUGCAGAUCCUCCUGUACUCGCAAGAUUACCAGCGCCUGAUGACAGUUGCAGAGGGGAUCACGACACUGCUGUUCCCAUUUCAGUGGCAGCACGUGUAUGUUCCCAUCCUUCCUGCCUCCCUCCUGCAUUUUCUGGACGCUCCGGUUCCCUACCUGAUGGGGCUGCAAUCCAAGGAGGGAACCGACCGCUCCAAGCUGGAGCUGCCACAGGAGGCAAACUUGUGCUUCGUGGAUAUCGAUAACCAUUUCAUCGAGCUGCCAGAGGAAUUCCCCCAGUUUCCCAACAAGCUGGAGUUUAUCCAGGAAAUCUCCGAGGUCCUCCUGCAGUUUGGGAUCCCUCCGGAGGGCAACCUGCACUGCAGUGACAGUGCCACCAAACUCAAGAACCUGGUCCUUAGUGACCUGGUGAACGACAAAAAGAAUGGGAACAUCCCUGGCAAUGCCCUCAACAUGUAUGAGCUGCUGAAAGGCAACGAAACCAUCGCCCGCCUGCAAGCUCUCGCCAAGAGGACAGGCGUGACGAUGGAGAAGAUGACCAUCACGGCUCCCCUUGCAGAAAAAGAGAAGGAUAUAAAGUUGCAAUGUGAGGAAGUGGAGCUGAGGGACUACAAACUGAACGUGCAGCUCCGUGAGGUGUUUGCCAACCGCUUCACACAACUAUUUGCAGACUAUGAGGCAUUCGUCAUCCAGGCUGCCCCCGAUCUGGAGUCAUGGCUGACCAACAGGGAACAAAUGCAGAACUUCGACAAAGCUUCCUUCCUCUCGGACCAACCUGAGCCUUACCUUCCAUUCCUAUCGCACUUCAUUGAGACACAGAUGUUUGCAACCUUCAUAGACAACAAGAUAAUCUCCCAGUGGGAAGAGAAGGACCCUUUUCUGCGAGUUUUUGACUCUCGAAUUGAGAAAAUAAGGCUAUAUAAUGUAAGGGCCCCUGCACUGCGGACAUCCAAUUAUCAGAAAUGCAGCACUCUGAAGGAAGCAGGUUGCCUGUCUAUUCGGCGUCUAGUUUUGGUAGAUAUUGUGGCACCGGAGCCUCAUUUUCUGUCUCUUGAAAUGCAGCAAGCUGAUACCCAGUCCAUUGAGCAGCGGCUGAUGAAGAUCGAUCACACGGCCAUCCACCCGCAUUUACUUGAUAUGAAGAUUGGCCAAGGGAAAUACGAACAAGGAUUUUUCCCAAAGUUGCAAUCAGAUGUCUUAGCAACAGGACCUACCAAUAACAAUCGCUGGGCCAGUCGCAGUGCCACCACACAGCGGAGAAAAGACCGCCUCCGGCAGCACUCAGAACACAUCGGGCUGGACAAUGACUUGAGGGAGAAAUAUAUGCAGGAGGCGAGGAGUUUAGGAAAAAAUUUGAGGCAGCCCAAACUCUCGGACCUCUCUCCGGCUGUGAUUGCUCAGACCAAUUCGAAAUUUGUGGAAGGGUUGCUGAAGGAAUGUCGCAUGAAGACUAAACGUAUGCUGGUAGAGAAAAUGGGCCACGAAGCAGUUGAGCUGGGACAUGGAGAAGCCAAUAUUACAGGACUGGAGGAAAAUACAUUGAUUGCUAGUCUCUGUGAUCUGCUAGAAAGAAUCUGGAGUCAUGGUCUGCAGGUCAAGCAGGGGAAAUCUGCUUUGUGGUCCCAUUUACUUCAGUACCAGGAGAGAGAAGAAAAGCAAGAACAUAGUGCAGAGUCCCCAGUUGCUGUUGGAACAGAAAGACGGAAGUCUGAUACAGGAAUUACUUUGCCUACUUUGAGGGUUUCCCUGAUUCAAGAUAUGAGACAUGUUCAGAACAUGAGUGAGAUAAAGACUGAUGUGGGGCGAGCCCGAGCCUGGAUAAGGCUUUCUCUGGAGAAGAAGCUUUUGUCUCAGCACCUGAAGCAGCUGCUUUCCAACCAGCCACUUGCCAAGAAACUUUACAAGCGUUAUGCUUUCCUGCGCUGCGAGGAAGAACGGGAGCAGUUUCUGUAUCACCUUCUCUCACUCAACGCUGUGGAUUACUUUUGCUUCACAAGUGUCUUCACCACAAUUGUGAUCCCUUACAGGGCAGUGAUAAUCCCCAUCAAAAAACUGAGCAAUGCAAUAACCACGUCCAACCCGUGGAUUUGUGUUUCGGGAGAGCUAGGAGACACGGGCGUCAUGCAGAUUCCUAAAAACCUCCUAGAAAUGACAUUUGAGGUGAGCGCACUCUCUUUCCGUUUUGCUUUUCAAACACGCUUCCACACAAACAUUAGCUUGCUGAGGAUUUAUUGUCUUGAGAACAGAACAUUUCAGAUUCUGUCCAGGUUCUCAAGGUAGCUGGAAACUCAAAAC